ACAACUAGCCCCUAGUAUAAAGGUACAAGAUGAAGAAUUGCUGAGUUGUGCACCCAACUGCCGGCUGCCCAGGCAUAAAUGAAUGCCCAGGCAUGACAGGGGUUUGGGUCUAUUGUGUGCACACAGCCAGUCUAAGUCUAACCCAUAUGCUCAAGGUCGUUGUAGCAGGCUAUGUCAGACUCCAUCAUGGAGACCAUACCCGAAGAAUCCUCUACGUUGAUCACGUCUUCGGAAUAUGAGAUGGAAGAGGAGCCUAAAGCGAGGUCAAGGGUCAUCUCUGUGGAACCUGUUGUGUUUCUGAGUCUAGCCGUCCAAGGUGUGCUGGUCAACCUUCGCACCCAGUAUGUUGAGGCUCGUCUGGCUGCUGAUUAUAACUACACGCUACCUGAGGCAGGAAACUGCUCCUUAGCGAAUAAGUCAGCUGAUGCUACAGGUAAAGAGAUAGAGUCUGAGACUUCAUUAUGGGUCAUGUACAUGAAAUCGGCAUCUGUCUUCAUCCCUAUCUUCACUGGAACGAUCCUGAUCGCUGCAUCUGACAUCGUCGGCCGGAAACCCAUCCUGAUAAUCAACGCCUUUGGCCAUCUCCUCGCCUCGACCAUCUUCCUGCUCGUUGCCUGGCUGCAUCUCCCGCUCAUCGUCACCGUGGCGGCAGAAUGUAUCCUAGGACUCGGCGGUGACUCUAUCGUCUGCGUAAACGUUUCGUUCGCGUACAUCGCCGAUGUGACCACCGGGAAGUCGCGGGUCACCAAAUACACAAUCCUCUCAUUCAUGAUUUACAUCGGAUUCGGUGGGAGUCAAAUGCUGGUUGAUCUCAUCUUACAGAACACGGGGAACUACAACCUCACGUUUGGAUGUGCGUGGGUAUUCGCAUUCCUUUACGUCCUUAACGUCUCAAUCCCGGGCAUUUUACUUGAAACUGUUGAAAAAAACACAAAGUUUAAGGUAGUUUCUACAGUAAAGGGCCUCCUAAAACGUUUUGUCCGUCUGGUAUCGGUAUCAGAGAACAAGAGACAGUCAAGAUUAAUGCUUCUAAUUUUCAUGUACAUGGUUUUCACUCUAAUCAACGAGGCUAUCUAUGCUGUUAUAACCAUCUAUGGGAUUGGUCAACCGUUUUGUUGGUCACCCACUAUGGUUGGGAUCUACAAUGUUAUUGUGAAUGCAUGUCCUGCUUUUGUUGCCAUGGUAGUUAUCAAGCCGUUACUGUUCUGCAUGUCUGGCUACAUCAUAAUGCAGGUCGGCUUUCUCUCUGGUAUUGCUAUACUUAUUGUUUCAGCCAUCGCAAAGACCUCCAAUAUUCUAGUUUAUGCGGCUGUAGCUGUUGGUUCGCUGAGGACGAUUCCUGAUUCACUCACAGAUUUCUUCCUGUCCAAGAUGGUCUCCAAACAUGAGCAAGGGACUGCCUUUGCUCUGCUCUCCAUCACAUCAUCAAUUGGUAAAGUGCUGUCACCGAUCCUGCUGAAUGCUGUCUACGCCAAGGCAGUUCUCCUUGACUUCCCUCAACUCACGUUCUACCUCGCAGCAGCCAUAUACCUCAUACCCAUAGUCUUAACAGCAAUUUUACAGUUUCUCAGUCAUCCCUAUGAUAGGAAAAAUGUGCAGAUACAAGGAGAGACAGAAGAACAGAAAGCACUGGUGGAAGAUUAACAGAUGGAUGAUAUUAAAAGGUUGAGUAAAAAGGCUGAUUAACUGAAAUUUGGUUUACUUUAUGAAAUAUGAACUAAGUUCAACGAUUGACAGAAUGUGCAAAUAUAUUAAGGAGAGACAGAAAAACAGAAAGCACUCAAAGGAAGAUUAACAGAUGGAUGGUCAUUUGGUAAAGGUUGCAUAAAAAGGUUAAUAGUUACUGAAAUUAGGUUUACUUUAUGAAAUAUGAACUACAAUGCUUUCACUUAUAGAAGCGGAGCUGAAGAUCUUGUUUUAAAAGGCGCGUUGAUUGCUUUGGAUUGUAAGUUCAUUGAUUGACAGAAUGUGCAAAUAUAUUAAGGAGAGACAGAAAAACAGAAAGCACAGGUGGAAGAUUAUUCAGAUGGAUGGUCAUUUUGUAAAGGCUGAGUUAAAUGUGCUGAUUAAAUUUGGUUUACUUUAUGAAAUAUGAGCUGAACGCUAUGAAAGACAGAAUCGGCAGAUACAAGGAGAGACAGAAAUAAAGCUCUCAAAGGAAGAUUAACAAUUUGGUAAAGAUUAAGUAAAAUAGACUGAUUAUUACGGAUUUGGUUUAUUUUAGGGCAAUUCCAUGAAAUAUGUACAUCCGACCCCCUAAAUGUGGGACCUUCAUGAAAUUUUCUGUCUCUGAUUUCUGGUUCCUAUGAAAGUCUAAUGUUCCCAAAGGACUAUGACUUGGUAAAUUUAUAAAGUGAAGUAAAACUUGAGAAAAGUGGGAGUCGGAUGUAUAAAAAAAUUUGAUCAUUUUAUGGAAUUGCCCUUUAUGAGAUGUGAGCUGAGGCCUAUGAUGACAGAAUGUGCAAAUAUAAGGAGGGACAGGAGAGGAGAAAGUACUAUUGGAAGAUUAACAGAUGGAUUAUCAUGAGGUGCAUGUAGAACUAGAUUAAAAUCAGAUUAUUGCUGAUGUGGUUAUUUUAUGUAAUAUGAGCUGAGCCCUAUGGUGGAAAGAAUGUGCAAUGCAUAUGUAUUUGAGUCGGAUAGGAGAUUUGGUUAACUGACACAGCUUGCAUUAAUAAGCAGUAUAAGAAGCACAAAAUUACAUAUUGUCAUAUAAUUCAUUGAUAAACUCUCUCUGACCAGGCUCUCAAUUUCUACUCACUGCCAGAUGUAGAAUAAUUUGUUCAUAAAUUGAGUUCUUGCUUGUCUUCUUGUUUUUUUUUAUUGUUGAUUAGUGACUCUACCGUAAUUCCAUAGAAUAUAUGGCAAUUUUCUGCAAUACACUUUACGUCAAAUAGUAGGGUGUUCACGUGGGCCCCGUCUUACAAAGAGUUGCGAUUGAUCUGAUCAACCACAACUAUGGAAAGCCAGCAACAUCAACAUCUAAAAUGCAUUCAGUGUGCUUCUCUGUGUUCACAAAGUACAGUGUGCAAGUUUUCUGAAGAAAAAAUUAUGCCAUUGAUGGCUUUCCAUAUAGUUGACGUUGAUUGGAUCAAUCAUAACUCUUUGUAAGACGGGGCCCUGGUGUAUUGCACUUGCCAGUUAAAGGCAAAGCUUCUAAAGUAUGAUAAUACGCCAUGCAGAAGGUGGUCUGUACUCCGAGAAGAUCGGGAAGAAGAAGAGUACCCCAGUUAUUAUAAGUUUGAUGUUGGUAGCAUUGAUACUAGCAUCCAAGAUAUAUAUACAUUUGACUGUCUACUAUUUUUAUUUAGAUUUUAUACAUAUGUUCAAUCAAGGUUGUUCUUGACAACCUGAAAGCUUGCCAGAGGCUUUCCAGACAUAGCAACAAUUAAUCUAUGCAAACUGGAUUCAAUUCAGGUAUUAUGGUGUAAUUAAAGGUAAAAACAGUAAUGCUUUAUUACUAGGUUCCCAUGGUUUUUCACUGAACGAGAUGAUGUCAACUGCCGACAUUUCAGUACUUUCAGGAGUUUCAAAGCUCUUUGAAAAUGAUGCAAUUGUUGCUUCAGGGUAAUUUGUAUAACAGGAAUUUGUAUAAAAGGAAUGAUAUGCCUUGAAUGUUUUGACAACAGUACAGUUUUUAUUAUAAGAUGACUAUUUAUAGGCUAUGCUGUCUUAGACCUAUUGCAGAAAGAGUUCUUAUGCUAAAAGAUGAUGACAACACACCAGGAUCACGUCUUACAAAAAGUUACGAUUGAUCCGAUCAAUCGUAACUAUGGUAAUCCAUCAACAAUGUAUUAAUUUUCCCUACAGAAAAUUUGCACAAUGUCCUUUGUAAAAAAAGAGAAGCACACCAAAUUUUCAAGAAAAUGAUGAAUGUAUGAAUAUGCAUCAUAGCUAGAAAAUAUUUUGAACAAACAUGCAGUUUAGAUUUUGACAUUGCUGGCUUUCCAUAGUUGUAUUUGAUCGGAUCAAUCGCAACUCUUUGUAAGGCGGGAUCCAGUGCAAGUAAUAAAUGUGCAUUUUUGAUCGGUUGAAAAUCAAUUUGAAUUUGAUUUUUGGAGUUGUGUUGGAUUACCACAAUUCAUGCAACAGGCCAAAAAUUUAAAGAGGCUGCGUAUUAUAAAUGUAUGCAAUUAUCAUGUGUUCUAGAUUGUUUGAGCCAGCCAGUAGUACAGUACCCAAAGUAAUUCCCCCCCCCCCCCCAAUCAAAAUGGCACAACUUUCUGUAAACUGGCUGCUUUGCCCUUCUUUUCAUUUUGUCUCAUUCCACAUGUUAAAUUCUGGGGAGUGUUUCAAGAAAAGAUUUGUCAGACCUUUGUCCGACAAGUCCUGUUUUAUCCGACAGUUACCGUAAUAACAGUGAUUCUCAGCCAAUUAAAAUCAAGGUAAGUUGUCAGAUCCGACUACCUGUCGGACGAAGAUGUUGAUGAAACGCUUCCCAGGAAUUUAAAGUGAUAUUUUUGUAGUUUUUCCAAACUAAGAGAGCAGUUCACAACAGUCAAUUCUACAUUUAAUUAACUUUUGUAUAGUUUGACUCAUGAUAUAUGUAUUGACUUUUCUUUGUUUUAUUCAAGGGCUGAAAUCUCUCCCCAAAGGUAGGGGGACCAGGGGCUGGAAAAUGACAAGCAAAAAAAGGUAAUUUCGACCAAAAGAAAUUUGACAAAAAAAGUUGGUCAUCACGUCCAAAAAUACAUCUCUCGAUUUGGAAUGAUGUAUUUCUUUCCAUCAUAAAAGACCAAAAUAGUAGGGGGACAUUUCAUAUUGUGUCCCCCCUAAUAUUUUGGAUAGAGGGACGCGUCGCCCCUGUCCCCCCAGGGAUUUCCACCCAUACUUUUAUUAUUACUUUUGGGGGGUUUACCUUGAUUUUGCAAUUCUACAUUCUAUGGUGUAUCUCCAUGUAGAGCAAUGUAUUUCAUUUUAAUAUUGUUUUAAAAUUUAAUGAACAUCAAUAAUUCUAUUAAAAAUGUAUCUACAUGUAUGAAUGCAUGCAGGGUUGCUUCCAAGCAACAGUUGAUUAUAAUAGUUCAUCACCCUGACAUUCAUGUACCAUUCAUGUACACAUGGAUCUUUAAUUUGUUUUUAUUUAACAACAUGUAUGCCAUGUAAUAAUAAUAAUAAUACAUGUAGCUGGAUUUAUAAAGCGCUUUUGCCUGAGGAUACAAAGCGCUGCUAUUAUUACCUCAGCUUUAGCUUGAGCUACCAUCACUACCAAAAAGUGAUUUAUUUUUUCAUGGACAUGACUUGAUCCAAUCAUGAUAAAAAAUAAUUUAAAUUAUCAUCAUUGUUAGCAUAAUGGUGCAUUAUGCUUUUGUCACUCUGACACCCAUUUGUAACUAUAUUAAUUUUUUUUUGUUUAUCUACAUGUAUUGCCUUGUAAGGCCACUUAUGUUUCAUAUUAUAUUGGUUUAUCACUGUAAUAUGACAAAUGUCAAAUUAAUGAUAACAAUCAUCAUUGGUGCAUUAGAUAUUUAUCACUCUGAUCUGACUACCAUGUGGCUAUAUUAAUUUGUUAGAACUGUUAACAUUAUUAUGCAAUCUGCAAGUUAUUAUAUAAUGUUCAUAUUAUAUGUGUUUAUGACUUAGUUUAAUUUGAUAAUAUAUCACAUUAUUGAUUGUCGUUGCCAGCAUUAAUGUAUGUUGAAUGAUUGAUAGUGCAACCGGGUACAUGCAUGUAAACUUUCUCAAAUGAAAUAUUUUAGUGUAUGUCAUGCUCACUAUUAUCCAUUUAAUGGUAUCAAACAAUACUACGCAUUUACUUAUUAAUGCAACUACAUGUAACUGAAAUUUCAAUUUGUAUUUUUUAUGCUAUCUCUCUAUGUUUUAGAAGUUUAAUAUUUGUACUUGUAUAUUCAGGCAUACAUGUUUCAAGUUAAACAUCACGUUUAACAUCAGUUAAAAAUUACCGUAUGUGAUAUAAUGUGUGUGCAAAGUGAAAUAAGUCAUAUAUUAAAAAAUAUCCAUGAAUCAUAAGUACAUGUAUGGUGAUUUGUAAUUGGAAUGAUAUAAACAAAAAAUUUACUAUAUGAAACAUUGUUGUACAAUCCUUGAAGUCUUCCAGAUUGUAGCCCCCCCCCCCCUACACAACUGAUACAAUUACGGUGAACAGCUGAGCAUGGAUUGUGCCAUCUGUGUGAGAAUUGUUUUGAUGUAAAACUCCAGGUUUUUAUUCCACAAUGUAUAUUUUUCUAUAAUGUCUUCCUUUUAUCAAAUAAUGAAAUUAAGAUAUUUAAGUAAUGGAGAAAUUUAGAGAUUUUUAUAUAUUUAUGUACUCUAUUUGAUAAGUUUACCAAAUAUAAAUUGUUUCAUGGAAUGUUUAAAGGAUUAUAUACAUAUGUAGCAGGGGCCGCUGAAAGAUUUUGAAAGUGGGGUUGGGAUGGGGGGGGGGGGGGCUGAACAUGUAUAAAAUAUCAUUGUCAUAUUUUUGUACUCAUUCACUAAAAAAGGGGAUGUUCAGCCCACCUUUCUGGAUCUGCGAUUUUUGCAAUCAUAUUUGUUUGAAUAUCUAUUUUAUUACUGAGUAUUUAUACUAUCUUUAAGAUGUGAAACUGUUUGGAUUUUUGUUCUCAAUUAUUAGAGUGUGAUCAAUACCUGGUAAUAAAAUUGUUUUAGAAGAAGCAGAAUUAAAAAAAAGUAAUGGAAGAGUAACGAAAUGCAAACGAUGCAAAGUGAUUGGUUGCUCCUGUGAACUCUACCUAAACAGCAAUAUUUGAAAUCCAAUGAGAAAAUUGAUUACAAGUUCUUAAAAAAAUAAUAACUUAUUGUUUGAUUUUAUUUUAAAGGGGAAUCCAACCCAAAUAAAAACUUGUUUUUAUAAGAAAAAAAAAAUCAGACAAGUUGAUAGGUGAAAGUUUGAACAAUAUUGGACAAACAACAAGAAAGUUAUGAAUUUUUUAAAGUUGGAAAUAUUGGUAAUCACUAUACCUAUGGAGACUUCAAAUUGGCCGCAUAUAUGGGAUGUCAUAUUGAUGUAAGGCAAGGACACUCUUCCAUGUACUCCAAUACAUAUUACGUCUAAAAUGUCUUUUUUCCCCAAAAGUUUUCUUUCAAAUUAUAUUUGUUUUUCAUGAGGACAUAAAACAAUAUACUACCUGGGUUAUAUUUAGAUUACUGCCCCAGGGGAAUGGGUACUUAGGAGAAAACCACAAAUCCCUGAUAAUAAAGUACAUGGCCUAUGGGAAAGUUGUCCUUGCCCCUUGUCAUAAUUGAUAUACCCAGUUGCCAAUUUGAAAUCUACAUACUAUUAGUGAUCUAAAUUUUAAAGCAGUUAUAACUUUCUUAUUGCUUGUCCGAUUUCUUUCAAACUUUCACCAUUCUGUUUAAUUUAUUUUUAUCCUUCCCAACACAGCAAUUCAUGGCCAUGGCUGGAUUCCCCUUUUUAAGCUUCACCAUUCUGUCUCUGUAAUUUUUUUUAUUUUUUAGAACAUUCGCCCAUUAGAUUGGAUUCCCUUUUAACAUUAUUAGCAUGUUUUGGGAUAGAGAUAUUUUAAAAUGAUGUGAUAUCUAAUGUAUCAGAUUAUGAUGAUGUUUUGUGAUGUACAAUUUUAUUUUCUAUUUCUAUCUGAUGUUAUAUUUUGUUUUACUCAAGGAUAUAUUGUGGUGCUAGAAAGAGACUUUGAAUUGUUAUAUUUUUCGUACCAAUUAAUUAGAUUUUUUUUAAUGAGCCUAUUCACAUGAUGUGAAUUAAAGUUUCUAUUUCUAUUUAGAAUAAAAUGUAUAUUUUCUCACGAACCAUGAACCUGGUUGACUAUUUUUCUUGUAUCAAUAUGUACUUAGUUUUAUAUACUUAAUGUUUGUUAUUUUUCAGCAAACCAGUUUGCAUAUUGUGCAAUUAUUUUUCAUUUCUAUCUGAAUAAACUUAAUAUCUCAUGAA